AUGGCGAGAGGACGUAAAAAGGAUCUGACUAUCCCACCGACCAGGUCUCUUACUCAACAGAGGGACUAUCGUGCACGCAGAGCCAAAUACAUCGCUGACCUCGAAGAACGAUGCAAACGAAUCGAGGAAGAGAACCGUCAACUCCGGCACCAACUCGAAAUCGCUCGAGCCAAUGCGGCCCUUGCUGCAUCGACGACGGCGACAGGAACGACAAUGUUUUCAGACCCUGCCGCGGUCGAGCUGUCCGCCGAGCUGCUGAGGAAUCUCUCCGCGGCUUCUGAAGCUCUUACGAGAUUUCAAGACUUUGCAAAGCAGCAUCCGAUGUCUGGUCAAACACCUUCGGUCCCUUCCGUCCCGUUGAUGGGACAGUCACACAACGACGUCGACAUGGCUCCGAGUGCGAGUACAGUCUCCCAGGGACGGAGUAUGUCACCUCGAGAACACUCCGAGCCACCAUCGGUGGGCCAGCCGCCUCCACCUCCAGAAUCGACCCCCGGUGUAGAAGAUGAGGACCUUGAAGCGGAGUGCUGUGGAGGUUACUUUGAUUGUGACAAGUUCUUAGAGCAUCCUCCGACGAUGGCUUCGUUGGGACCAUUAGAUUCCAACGAACGGUCGACCUCUCGGUUGUGA